AUGGCCGGAGUCAAGGAUUUUUCUUGCAUCGGCGGUCUGGAGAAGCACAUCAGAAUCGUCAAGGAGAUGGUCCUCUUCCCGCUGAUGUACGGCGACAUUUACGCCAAGUUCAAUCUGCGUCCGCCCCGUGGACUCUUGUUCUACGGACCACCAGGUACCGGCAAAACCCUGGUGGCCAGCGCGCUGGCGGUCGAGUGCAGCAACUCGGAGCGCAAGGUCUCGUUCAUCUCGCGCAAGGGCUCCGACUGCCUCAGCAAGUGGGUCGGCGAGAGCGAGAAGAAGCUCCAGAAGAUCUUUCAGAUGGCCACGCAGAGCCGGCCCUGCAUCAUCUUCUUCGACGAGGUCGACGGACUGGCGCCGAUACGCUCGAGUCAUCAGGACUUUGUGCACGCCAGCGUCGUGUCGACUCUCUUAGCCCUCAUGGACGGGCUGGACAACAACUCGGAGAUCAUCGUGAUCGGCGCGACGAAUCGCCUCGACGCCAUCGAUCCGGCUCUGAGGCGUCCGGGUAGAUUCGAUCGCGAGCUCUACUUCCCGCUGCCGUGCUUCCCAGCGCGCAAGGAGAUCCUCUCGAUUCACGUGAAAAGCUGGAAGCAGCGGCCACCCCAGAAGUUUCUCACCUAUCUGGCCUCGAAGACGGUGGGCUUCUGCGGCAGCGAUCUGCAGGCGCUGUGCACCGAGGCGGUGAUGUGCUGCGUGCGACGCAACUAUCCGCAGAUCUACGCGACCAAGUCCAGGUACCACAUCAACGAGAAAUCGCUCAAGGUCGAGAGGAUCGACUUCGUCAAGGCCCAGCAGAACAUCGUGCCGGCCUCGCAUCGCAUAGCCAUCGCCCCGGUCAGGGUACUGCCCCCGGAGAUUCGACCUCUGCUCGAGGACCGGCUGAGUCAGAUCGUGGCGACGCUCUGCGCCGUCUGUCCGCCGGAAAUGAUCAGCGUCGCAGCCGUAGCCGCCGACGAUGGGAGCACCACGACGAGAUCGUCCGCCUACUCGACCAACUGUCCGCGGCUGCUGCUCUGCGGACUCGACGACUGUCACACGCGCCACCUCGGCCCGGCGGUGCUGCACACCCUCGAGCAUCUGCCCUGCCACAUACUCGACGUGACGACCCUCUUCGAGGAGACGGGCCGCGCCGUCGAGGAGUCCAUGAUACAGAAGGUCAAGGCUGCCCGUCACACCUUGCCCUCGCUGCUCUACGUGCCCGACGUGCUGUCCUGGUGGGAUCUCGUCGACGAGGUGGCGCGUGUCGUCUUCGUCUCGCUCAUCAAGAGCUUGGAUCGUUCGGUGCAUAUACUCGUUCUGAUGACGGCCAGGUGCAGCCGAGAUAAUUUACCCUUCGAGAUCGCGGAUCUGUUCACCGAGUAUCAGGGCGAGACGUUCGAGGUCGAGUCGCACGGCGCCGCCGACCGGGAGAAAUAUUUUCACGAGCUGUUCGCGCGAGCGACGUCGGGCUCGGACAGCGCGUCCAACAUUUCGUUCAACGGAGAGACGCAAGAUAUAUUCGCCACGAAGAGGUCGAAGAGGUACAACACGGAGAGUUUAGGAAGAACCAAGUCGGCGACCCUGAGCUUUCCCAGCAAGCGAGAAUGCAGCUACGGAGGCGGCGGCAGCGAGAGGCCCCUGGCCAAGCGUCAGCGACUCGGCGGUGGCUUCAACAGUCUGGCCAACAGCAAGACCCAUCAACAGCAGCAGCAGCUACAGCAGCCAUCACCGUAUCAGCUUCGAGGACAACAGAUCAACAACAACAACACCAGCAGCAACAAACUGACGGACGAGCAGAUUCAGGAGCUGAUCAGGCGCUGCGUGAGGCUGACCGAGGGCUGGCUGUGUCUGCAGCUCGAGACGCUGUGCGCCAGCCUCGAGGCCACCAUGGUCAAUCAUCAGGACGGCACGGAGAUACACGGCCAGCUGCAGGACUGCCUGGCGAAUUUCGAGAGGCAGCAGUCGUCCCGCUGCUCCGGCGAUCAUCUGCAUCAUCGUGGCCACAACAACAACAACAAUAAUAAUCUGCAUCGUCGGUUCGAUUCGACAAAGAACCUGUCGGUGAUCAGCUGA